AUGAUAUCUAUUAGAUGUAAGGGGGAGGUGGUGAUGCAUAGACAUAGUGUGGAGGAGGAGGAGAAGAGUACUUAUAUGGUGGAGGUGGAGGAGAUGGGUACUUGUAGGGAGGAGGAGGAGAAGGGUACUUGUACGGUGGAGGUGGAGGAGAUGGGUACUUGUAAGGAGGAGGAGGAGGAGGAGAAGAGUACUUGUAUGGUGGAGGUGGAGGAGAUGAAUACUUGUAGGGAGGAGGAGGAGGAGAAGAGUACUUGUAUGGUGGAGGUGGAGGAGAUGAAUACUUGUAGGGAGGAGGAGGAGGAGAGGGGUACUUGUAUGGUGGAGGUGGGGGAGAUGGAUACUUGUAGGGAGGAGGAGGAGGAGAGUUGUACUUGUAAACUGGUGGUGGAGGAGAUGGAUACUUAUAUGGAGGGGGUGGAGGGGAAGGGUAUUUGUAGGGUGGAGGUGGUGGGGGCGAUGGGUAUUUGUAAGGCUUUUCAGGAGGAGGUGGAGGAGAUUGGUACUUGUAAGGUGGGGGUGGAGACUUGUACUUAUAAACUGGUGGUGGUGGUGGAGGAGAUGAAACGGGGUUGUAAUUAG